GAUAAACUUAUAACUUAUACCUCUCUCGUCUCUUUUCUUAUUCAUUUAUCCAUCUCCCUCUACUACGUACAAUUCAUACCUACCUACUAGAUACCUACCUCCUCAAACCCAAACAUUGAGUCCAAUCACGUUGAUUACACAGUCUACCAGAAAAUUUGUUUACAACUUCUUCAAACAACCAACUUGGAGCAAAAAGUAAUCUCUACCACUCAUAACUUAUAAUUUACUUACAACAACCUCUCCUCAAAUUCACCAGACAAAGUCUCAAAAAAUAUCUCACAAAGUUAUCUCAGAAUAGAGAAUCAUAACUUAAUAUUGUGCUUUGAGAAUCCAUCCCUUGAUCCUUUGAACUCUUCCCAUCGAAAAUUGAUAUUGUGGUUUGGGAAUUCACUUGGACUUUUCAAACCUAUUCUAGCUACCUAUCUAAAAUUGAUAUUGGACUUCAGAAGUUCAAUUUUUGAGUUUCAAUUCCUUCAAUCAAUACCUUCAGUUCUCCUCCCAAACUUGGCAUUUUGAAAUCUCGACCGAAUCUCUAUGGGACUUUAAACACAGGUCUGGAUUUAUCUAAACAAACCAAAUAUAUCUGGAUUUCUGUGUUUGCAGUCCAAGCAAGGAUGUUAUCAACAUAACAUCUAAUCAGAUUUGAUCUGGCUCAUUUACUGCUAGCCACACUUUCCGUAAGUCUUUUUCAAGUCAAAUACCCUCUCUCAAACUUAUUCUCUGCCUUGAAAUAUGUUGCUAUCAGAAAGAGUGUUGCCUUUUUCACUCCCGUACUCUGAGUACAUCUACUAUGAUGAGCUGUUGUAUCGAAUACUCAUCAUUAAAACAUCUUGGGCUGUUGCUAACUGAGCAAAGGCUUAAGUUCACGGGUUCUCAAUGAUAGCUGAAUAAAAAUCAAGAACAAUACAUUUCACCAUCAGAGUAUUUCGAUAAGCAAGGAAGUCAUCCUUGGUCUUCAGCAGCAAUGUCUGGCCGAAAUUAUUCAGAUGAGCGACCAUCUCCACGAGGACCAGUAGAUGCUUACCGUGAUGAUAGGCAUAGGUCCGAUAGGUAUCAUGAUAUCAGAGACAGGCCCACUGACGACCAUGAUUAUGAGAGGGAUAGAUCGAACAAAUAUCGUGAUGUCAGAGACAGGCACGUUACCAAUGAAAAUUAUGAGAAUCAUAGGCCCGAUAGACAUCACGAUAGCAGAGAUAAUGGUACUAGGAGAAACAAAGACAGGAGCAAUUUGGGGAGUCGCUCUUUUGAGAAGAUUAGUUCGACAAACACUCAACGUUUUAACUCUAAUAGCUCGUCUCCUACGGCGAUGACAACAAGAGUAACAAAAACAACCAAUGUCACUGGAUCGGAAUCAGAAGGCAAGUAACAUUCAACAUUUUCUUGUUCCUAACACCCUUGAAACGCCAGUGGAUUAGAAGUCACUGCAACGUAGUGAGAACUUAAUUAGAAAAGCUUACCGGAGAAGUAAACUUCUCUGUACCAGGAUAGUCUUUUCAAUAUGUUCAAGUAUCUUGGACAAUCAGAAACUCUGUGGGAGCAGCAAUAAUUUCUACGGCUUUCAUUUCAAGUCGUUAAAAAUGGAGUGCCUCUUGAAUUCGAUUCCUUUCUGAAGCAAAUGCUACUAGUCCUGCCUUUACCUACCAGGCCCAAGCAAUGUGAUUAUGUAAUCGAAAUUAACAAGAUAUAGGAACUAAUCGUCCUACGGAAGACAAUCCACAUCCUAUCGCGGACACGACGCGAUCGAAAUCGAACAGCAUGACGGCUGCCCCUAUUGAUGCUACCAUCAACUCCUGUGGAUCAGCAUCAGUUGUAGAACAAUCUCAGCUAGAGGAUAUUAUCAAUGCAUUAAUGCAUUUCGCUGACCAAGGAGAUUCUCGAGGUGCGCUGAAUCAGGAACGAAACUCGGCGAAAGAACGCCUGAAAGAGCAAGUCGAGGAAACAUAUAACAUGUAUUCCGCCUUGAAAGGCUUUCCUACGCAUCUGGAAGUGCAAAAUCAACGCAAAAUAGAGGCGGAAAAGGUCCUUGAUACAACAGAGAAAGAGCUCGAAAAAGCCAAGAGUCUACAAAGGGAUGCAGCCAAGGCCAUUGCCUCUCGCCUGAUUAUCAAAACCGCUCCUACCACCGACAACUCGAAGCUUCUCCAAGAACGUUGCCGGAGCUUAGAGGAGAAAGUGAAGGAUCUUGAGAAGAAAAUUGCUUGUAUGGAUUAUAAAGACAGCGAACGACGUUUCCGGGACAUUCAAGCCGAUUAUCGUGAGGUUAUUAGCAAGAUCGGAAAAAGCGAGUCGCAAGUUGCAGGGAAUAUUCAUAGCAGCGAAGCGAGGACAAUGCGCGAAUGUCAAAAUCUGUCUGACAAAUAUACAAAGCUUGAUCAACAGCAUCAAGCUACCCGAAGUGAACUUGAUUCGAUGAUAUCCCGUCUGGAUAGUUAUGGAGACUCUAUAGAAAAGCUUGAAGCGUCAAUCAACAUUUCACGGCAGGAGAUGACUACAUUUCAACAUCAGGUUAGCAAAGAAUUUGCCACGGUGAAAGCUAAUGAUGAUGGUAUUCAUCAACUUGCAGAGAAAUUUGUAGACCUUGAAAAGUCAUUUGGCCCUUACAAGACUUCUCUGGAAUGCUUGAACUCAUCAACUCUGGAAAGACUUGGUCGAUUGGAGAAUGAUAAGACAAGCGUUGUUGUGCUCCAGGACGCUCACAAGGCUAUCCUCGAAAAAAUUGAAAAUUGCCAGGGGGAAUUAAAUACUCUCAAGGAUAAGGUCAUUCGACUGGAGCAUAUCCCUCAAACUCCAUCUAUUUCGGCUCCGCAGGCCCUGUCAAGGGCAUUAACUGGAUCGAGCACAGCAAUGAUUGGGGUGAUCCAGACAGGACUACGUGAUGUAAAACAGGACAUAAAGCUCCAUGAAGAAAGGUUUGACAAGAUUGAAACCUCUCUUAGAUCCACUAGCUGUACUUCUUUACAGGAAGCUGCUCUAAUCAAAGGGUGGCCAAAUAACACGACGCUAAAUUAUGAAUCCAGGCUGACUACGUUGGAGGAUUCUAUUAAAAAUGUGGAUUCUAUCAGCAUGAACAAGGCAGUUGCAAAAUUGUCGCCGUUCUCCACUGCAGCGCAAGAUGUUGCAGAUUUCAAGAGGGCCUUCGAAACGUACAGACACGAGCGGAGCCAGGUAGACCAAGCCAUAAAUCAACGCGUUGAGCAGUUUGGCGCCGAAAUACAAUUAUUAAAAAAGAGUAAUGCGGCUAUGGAAGAACAGAUCAAAACUACUACAGAGAAAACGGAAUCAAUUCCCGCUCUUCAAGCUGGUCUGGAUGAACUUUUGAAAAAUAUAAAUGCCCUCGCUCAAUCGUCAACUCUGAUGGAUAAUCGACUCAAUGCUUUGAUCAAUAACCAAAACGGGAACACUAUUGCUAUAACUCAUUUGUCUAACCGAAUGAUCAACAUAUCGACAGGAGAUCUAGCGAAGAGCAUGAUGGGCCAGCUAGAAGUGCUUUAUCCGGAUUUUAAAAAUGCAGAAAGGAUCAUCUCCGAUUUGAGAAAGCAACAAUCCGACCACACGAUUCAAUUGGAGAAGUUGAAUAGUCGAAAGAUUGCUUUUGAAAGCCAAACUACCCGCAAACAAUCUCCGGCAGCUAUAGGUAAUCCAGGAACAGAGUCUUUACGCCAAGAAGUGGAUGCAUUGACUAAGGACCAGCUUAACCUCGCAAAAAGCGUUACAACCAAUUAUAGUAACUUAGCUGCCCUGGGUAAGGAUGUCAAGGCUCUAAAUGAUGCGGUCCAAGAUCUGAAUAGGCAGGCCGGGGAGCAAAAGAAAACUUUAGAUGGAAUGCGCGACGGGCUCGUCGAAGAGGUCGCAGACUUGUCAGUCAGGGUAGAUGACCUUUUCUCAUCUAGAGACAACAAUACUGGAAAGGUCGCAGAAACUAGCUUUACGCCUGGACCGUCUGCCUCGGCUUUAGCCCUGCGAUCUUCCACGGAUGAAAUUGGUGUAAAUGGAAAAAAGAGAAAAUACGUGACAGCUGCGGUGUCCUCAGAGCAUGGAACUUCUAUCAAUGGCAAUACCCGAAGCCCCUCAAGAAAGAAGAGGAGAGCCGAGGAUGACAACGAGGACAUCGAUAGUCCCGAGUAGAUGAAUCCAAGACUCGAUGAGAAGUCCCAUUCUCGCGACCUUUGAUAAUACGGUUGACGAAACCUGAGAAAUUAUUGACAGCAAUUCAACCAGCGAGCUUUGCUUUCCCCAAUACCGAGAUGCACAACCGACAAUUUCACUUUCUAGUCUACGGUAACGUCUCAUUUCGAUUUGUCAUUUCCAGCAACUUUCGAUUUCAUGAUACCUUUUGUGCGGUGCUGAGAGGAAUCUCAGGAGUCUUACCAGGUCUGGUGUGGGUGGGUCAUGACCGACUUGUACACCAGAAAUGGAAUUAGAGAAUAAAUAUAAAUCAAUACUUAAACA